CACCACUAGGAGUGAAGGAAGCCUUUUCUUCUCCUUCAUCCUCGUCUCUGCUAUCCUCUCCGUCCCUCCCACCUCUCUCUCUCUCUUCCUCCUCUUCCCUUAAUAACCCUUCUCCCCCGAUCUUCUCGAUCUGUUUUUCCCGUUGUCCCCCUUCACCCCCCCACCCCCAACUCCUUUACCUACACUCUGAAGAGGAGGGUACUGGACACUUGGUAGGGCCCGCUGCAGAAGUGGUCGGAUUUUAAUCUUUCAAUCCUCUGUGACGUCUCCCAGAGGACUAUAGGUAUAAGUGCUUGCUCGUGAAACGUCGGUGUGGAAAAGGAAACAAAUAAGCCCCACAGCAAUUGGUACGGUAGGGCAAGAAAGGAAGGGAGAUCGGAGAAAAAAGGACGAAGCAAAAAGACUGAACGGAUAGCCUGCUUGCCUGCUUGCCUACGAGUAGUCUCGUUUGGUAAUAACGAACUGUUACGAACAACGAUUAAUUACUGUUCCCCCCCCACCCCCUAAAUACCAGCGCUCUUUUUUAUCUCGCCGGAAUUUUCUUCGGGGUUCCGAUAGCUUGGACCUUUCUUGUGUGCGUGAGAAAUAAUUAUAAUUUCUACCUUCUGCUUUCCCUGGUUUUCUGUUGAAGAAGAAAAAAAAAAAGGAAAACCCGUUUUCGGUGGCCUUGUCCAGUUUACUCUCGCGAUAAGCUUUUUCCAAACCACUCUCCUUCCUCGAAACAGAGAUAACCUCCCCGAACCUGCAUGCAUUCAUAAUGGACUCCGAGGACGGUCAUACAUACAUCAAGCAUCUUGCUCACUUCGUUCGUACACACGAGAAGGCCCUCGCAAAUGCUCUACAGCUUCAAAGGCGACAGCCACGUCGUAGCGACACGGCUCCGGCCGUGUCUGGAAGGACUCCUGCCAGCCUUCAAUAUGUCCAUGGCUCCUCUUCCACCUCCAGCACUCUGGCUGCUGCCUUCUCGCUUCCGUCCUUGUCCUUCACCUCGCAGCACCUUAAACCUGCAAAAUUGGGACUCACGCCUCACCACCUCUAUUACCUCUUGAGUCGGUUCGAGGAGCUCAACAUCCCGGUUGGGCCUAUGGGGGUUCGUCUGGAGAACAUUCAUGCGGAGAGCUCACCAGGCAAUUAUGUUUCGUUCUUGAGGGAUGCAUCUGGACGUAGGAAUCAUUCAUCGGAUAGCUUGUCAAUACACUCCGUGUCCAGUGUCAGGAGUGUCAUGUCUGGAAUGUCAUCAUUGUGGUCUUCCAUCGGACUCGGGACGUCCGCUUCGGUCAAGAGUGAGAGGGCAAAGGCAGCCCUGGAGGCCGAUUUGAAAUACCUCUACUCAGCAUUCACUAAGAUACCAUGCUUGAGGCUUGCACCUGAUAGGAAAGCUCGUCUGAUUGAGGGGUUUGAAGAGUUUCCUUUUGAUACUGCGGUCCCCUUGUUGGCAUUCAAGAAUGUUAGUGCAUUGGAGAUUUGUGAUAUUGAUAUCCGCCAAUUCUUUGGAUGGGACCAACUGGCAGAGAGGCUACGAAGUUUGGUUGUGAAACGGGGUGGGAUCAAGGACCCCUCCGAACUUAUCAUUGCUAUUGUCCUGGAUGACAUGGACAAGAGACGCCGGAGAUCUGCUAAAUCUUCAUCUUCGCCAAUAAUUUCGUAUCCUUCCUCUAGCCCUGGUCUGGGCAAUGAGGGGGAGCCAUCGACUCCGCCCUCUCCAACCCUAGGUCAGAUUGGUAGCAGCAGUGCCCCUGCCGGCCAUUACCAUGCCAUGUCUAGGGUUCCCUCCAAUUCCUCAAGGUCGAGCUCCAAGAACCGACCCCGCAGCAAUUCGCCUACAAGACCUGCUAGCUCUAGGACUAAUUCUACUGCUACGAACUCGCAUUCUCGUUCCCACAGGAUGCGGAGAUCUGGCUCUGGCAGUAGCCACUCGUCGUCAACUUCAACUCUUCUUCCGUCGUCCCAUGGACUGACACUGCCAGCCAUUCUCCCCAAUACAAAAUGGCGCUUCUUGAGACACCUCUCUUUGGCGGAUAAUGGUUUACUAUCGAUCUCCUCAGCUGCCCUGACCCCGUUGGCUGGCUCCUUAUCGUCGCUCGAUCUCUCGAAUAACCUUUUCAAGUCCAUUCCCGAGUGUCUCUCCAUUCUUUACAAUUUACGUGCUCUGAACCUUUCUGGAAACAUGAUCGAUUCUCUCCACUCCUUGACCCGAAAUCCACUCCCGGCCAUAACCGCACUUAACCUCCGUGGCAAUGUGCUAGCGUCAAUUGCGGGGGUAGAACGAUUGUUGUCCCUGGAACGCCUAGAUUUGCGGGAGAACAGACUCACUGACCCCACAGAACUGGCUCGGUUAACGGGUGUACCUAAUAUAGCGGAGAUCUGGAUUGCCUCGAAUCCAUUCACCAAGACCCAUUCUUGUUACCGUGUGACCAUCUUCAAUUUGUUCCGAGAAACACCUGGAUACUCUGACGAUAUCUCGUUAGACUCGCAAAAGCCUGGAAUGAUGGAAAAGCGAAACCUAAAAGAUAGGGUAGCGGAGAACCCUGCCGUUCCUGUAAUGAGGGUACCACCAUCGCCCACUGUUGCGGUAAAUACCGUCUCACCAGUGGAUUCCAAGAAGAAGGAUAGGCAUGACAACGAGAAGAUCAUCAAGAUCGGCAAUGGAGAGGUGGCUAGAGCUAAGAAGAGGGUCGGGAGGCGGAGAGUUGUCGAACUGAGCCGGGAUGAUAGCGAUGUGUCGAUCCACCAAGAUAUGCAAUCAAAUACAAAGCCGACAGCUAUUAGAUCGACCUCACAGAGUAGGCCGGUGGUUGUCUCUUCGUCAAAGCUACCGACAGCGCCCAAAGAGAUAUAUCACCCGCCAGAGGAGACGUCGUCUGGUGCAGAAUCCUCUCCUCCGAACCACCACUCUUCACCGAGUGAGAAUGUCGAUUGGGCUCAGAAGGGAGACGAGUAUAGACGUAAGGUUGAAGCUCUCAGGAGCGAAGUUGGAAGCGGGUGGUUGAGUGUAUUGAGCGAGGAGGGCAUGUCAUUGGCACCGUCGCGGAAGGUUUCGUCGCCUUCGACGCCGGCAUCGGGACCUGCUCAGCAGAAGUCGGACUAACUGUGUUUUGUUUCAAUGUCUGCUUACAGGGGGGUGUUCUGCUACGGAGUUGACGGGGUUGAACUUGCAUAAGUGGGAGGGGUCAUUGAAGAUGGUUAGUGGAAAUGAUGAGCAUCACGAUUUAACGCAUGUUUUUUUUUUAUCUCAUUUAUUUAUUCGAAAUUCGACACGAAGAGGUCUUUUUCCUUUCAUUCUUUCCUGCUUCUCUCUUCUCUCUCUGGGGGUUCUUCUGCUUCCUACUGUACCAUAGGUUUGUGUUUUAAUCGUUGGGUCGGGAGUUAGGCUGGGCUUAUCAUUUCGUUUUUUGUUGCUGUUCUUUUGUCGCUUGAAUUCUCAAAUCCAGGUUCGUUUAUUUACCAAUGUGUUUGUUUUCUUUUUCGUUCUCUUUUAAUAUUUUCUCAUCCUUUUGAUUGCCCCCCUCUUCGAUUCUUGCAUGCGUGCAUCUUUCUCUGGGUGUAUUUUUGGUUCUAUCGUUCUAUUCCCUCUUCUAUCUGCCUGCCUGUCUUGUCUGUCCUCCACCGUACUGUACUGCAUUUGAUAUACCGCGGUCGAGUUUUUUUUUUUUUUUUUUUCCAUUUGGAUAUUCAUCAUUUCUUAGGGGCGGUAUUACAAAAAAUGGAAG